CCAGGAUCUCUGCUGUGUGACUCAGAGGCAAAGACAAGAUCACUGUGGAAAGCUGCAGGUUUGCAAUUUGCCUUGCCGGGGACCAUGUACAGAGGAGAUCCUCCGGACCCUCUUCCUCCAAGAUCAAGGUGGUCGUACGUUCCACUUGCUCGCCGUGAAUAUGUAGUGGACAUUCUUCAGGUAGAAACAUUCAAUAUGAAUAAGAAAACGUUUCUUAUUCAAUUAGAGGACCCCCAACAAGAUGAAAUUUUUUCACACAGUUUUCAAGGUAAGCCGUAGCUUAACCCGCCUACAAUAUUACCAAGAACGAGCGCCAUGGCCCUUGUUCAAUUCACUCCUUUAUGUCUUCCGACUGAUAUCAACAGAUGUUUCUAGCAUGCAUUUAUCCGAACAAACACAUCAACUCAAGGCCCAGGGGGUGAAAAAUUCAGUGAAACUUGGAUAAGCGGUCACCCUUUGGGAAUGUCUUAGGGCCUGUUUACAUGGAAGUGGGGAACCCCAGGUAGGUGAGGUAACCGGCUUAGGUGGAGUGAAAAAAUAACCCUCCUUUACAUAUAAUCUUACAACCCCGCCACCUCGGGGUGCACAUUUUCAAGAUUAUUGAAUGAUCGCUAAGCACGUAAACAAGAAAAAUGCUGCAAAACCUCGUGUUUUGGCGAUUAAUGCUCUUCUACACUCACGUGCUGCUCUUGCUGCAACCUUCAGUGCUGUGGCUUUCUAUUGCUACCUUUAAUAAUGAUGCAAAGCCACCGCCAAAAUGAACUUUGCUCGAAUUUGAUGUAUUCCGAAUCCGACCCCUGCUAGGCGGGUUACCCCACCUUGAAACGUUCACAUGCAAACUUUGAACCCGGCUGAGAGGGUCACCCGGUCUGGCAGACCGGGCUACCCACCUAGGCGGGUCACCCCAGCUAUCACGUAAACGUGAUCCAAGUAAAAUGAGAGAUUAUAUGGACAGGUGGGUUACCCCACUUAAGCGGGUUGCCUCACCUACCUGGGGUCCCCCAUUUCCAUGUAAACAGGCCCUUACUGACCGCUUCAGGUUGACCAGAAAAUGCAGGAGGUCAAAGAGCGAAAUAUAUAUCCCACGACAAAUUGACCUCCAGCUGUUUCCACCUCUUCUUGGGCCAAAAGAAAGAACGUUAAACUUGACGCCAUACACAGUGCGACCUGUUGCACUAGUAUGGCACGUCUUCUGAAAGUGACCGUUUGAUAGAGGUGAAGACAAUAAAAAAUAGAUCUAGAGAGAUUAAGAGUCACGUUUACGACAAACGGAAAACAUCAGAUUCAAGGUUGAGAAUUUCUCAGAAUAAAAUUUGGAAAAAUAAGCCGAUAAAAACUGUCCAAAAAAAUUCUUAUAGAUAAAACUGGCGUAAAACUACUUAUUUUUGAGUACAAGUAAUAAACAGAAAACGGGUCUUGUGGUACAAAUUCACGUUUACCGUUUGGGGUAAAUGUAACUCUUAUAAGAGUUUAAGCAUCACGUAUACGGCAAACGGCAAACUUCAGAUUCAAGUUAAGAAUUUCUCAAAACACAAAAUGAGCAGAUAAAAGCAGCUAAAAACAAUUCUUAUGGAUAAAAAAAUUGCGUGAAACUACUAAUAUAUGUGUUGAAAUAAUGGAAAGUAAACGUGGAACAAAUUCACGUUUGCUGUUAGACGUAAACGUAAUACAGAGACCUUAAGAUCGAGGUUUGCGAGCGCUUGAGAUGACGAACAUUUUCUGUCCGUUUCGUUUGUUAGCAGUGGCGGAUCCAGGGGAGGGGUCCAGGGGGCCCGCCCCCUUACUUUUAGACCGAACUGGGGCCCGAAGGGCCGAAAAAAAAAUUGAGACGAGGCCCCCCCUUAUCUCAGGGUCUGGGUAACCGCCUCCUCCCCCCCCCGCCCCUUCCCACUCUCCCCUCCUUUUCAGAGGGUCUGGAUCCGUCACUGGUUAGUUAUCACCACUCUGGAUGUUUUUUUCCGUUGAAAUAACUCUAAAAGUUGUUUUGAUUAUUUUCCUUUGAAGGUAACCGUGCGGUGAAGAAUCUAAACACUAAGCGCUUCAGUGUAGAUAAUGGCGAAAACCACACACUCACAGCUAAG